AUGGCACCCUUCAGGAACCACGAUUUGACAAUUGAUAUCCUAUCGUUUUCAGUGAGCCCACCUGCUUUCAGUGAAUCUCAACGAGAUCCUAUUUUGCACGAGACUAUGUUAGAUGGCAUGGUGCUCUUCUCUUCUCACGGAACUUGGGCGCCUCUCCACCUAACUCGAAACAAUAUAUUAUCAGAAGCUCCAAACCCUGAGAACUUCCGUCCCAGCCAUGGCAGAACAAUAUCUCGACCCCACCAUCCCCCCUGGUCUCCACCUGCUCUCCGCCUUCCUCUCCAUGGAGCCGACCGACUCCUUACUCUCCCUGUCAAGGGUGAAAAAGGGUAUGGUCCUUACUUGAAGAAAUUUGUGAAGAAGCUUAUUUUUGAAGUUGAGUCGAGGACCGUGUUGGAUGAGUUAUAUGAACAAUGCGGUUUUUACAUGAGUUCAUUGAAGGAUGAUGGUCUGGUUAAAGGAAGUGCAAGGGUCUGCAAAUGUAUUUCUUUUCUUUUUCCUGAUGGUAAUAAUUAUUUGGCUUCUGAUGUCGGUGCUUUGAUGUUUGCAGUUAUUUGCAUAGAGUCUUGUUUUACUGAUGAUAUGGUAUUUGUAGGUUGUGCGCUUCCAAGUUGUCCAAAGUCAAGCAAUCUGGUGGUUCCACUUCAUUGUUCACUCAACAUGCUUGAAGGAGACACUGGGUGUUCUGUUUGGCCCUCAAGCCUAUAUUUGUCGGAGUUUGUACUUUCUUUUCGAGACAUAUUCUCCAAUAAAUCAUGUUUUGAGGUUGGUUCUGGUGUUGGUUUGGUUGGAAUUUGUCUCUCUCAUGUAAACGCUUCCCAGUAUUUUACACCCAUCAUGUCUCAUAGCCCUAACAAUGCAAUCGAUGUGGCACAUCUUGAGGUGCCUGAUAUUAUUGAUUCUUGUCUGUUCUGGACAACUCACUACUUGCAAUACGUGCAUUUGAUGCAGGUUACAUUAAGUGAUGGUGAUCUGUCAACUUUAGCUAACAUGAAGGUUAAUUUGGAGUUAAACCAGUUGAGUGCUGAAACUGAUGUACCAGAAAGAUUUGGUGAAGAUCUGAAUAUGGUGAAAUCUGAAAUGAACAAUAGAUCUAAGCUGAAAUGCUUUCAUCUGCCAUGGGAAUCUGCCACAGAAAGUGAGCUUCAAGAAUUCAUGCAUGACAUUGUUUUGGGUGCGGAUAUUAUUUAUGAUCCAUCAUGCCUUCCACACCUUGUCCGAGUGCUUGCCAUUCUUUUGAGUCCAAUGAAAGCAUAUUCUCAGGCUCGGAAAGAAAGUUGUGAGUUCCCAUUACAAGAUGCUGAACACAUUGAUGUAAAAACCGAUUGUGCUGCCGAAGGGAAAUCUACCUGGGCCCAUCAUUUAGCUGGAUCUGAGUGUGAUACCAUUCAAAAUGGCAACAUAAUUGAUCCUUAUCAAGUUGAGGAACUUCAUGGUGGUCCUUCAGUUGCCAGAUCCAGGGAAGGUCCCAUGGCUUAUAUUGCCUCUGUUAUUCGCAAUAUUGACACUUUCAAUUGUUUUCUUAAACUAGCAGAACAAGCUAACCUUGCAAUCACAGACAUAACUGAAACGCUAACACACUCAAGAAAGUUGGCAAGAAUCAUUCAAAACAUGGUGCGACAAGAGCAAGGAGAGGGAGAAGUAGAGGUGAUUCACUCAUGGUCGGCUCCAAGGUCUCUUAGUACCAGUCUCAUGUACUCUUUUGUUCAGAGGGAUGACAUGGAAGUGCUUGAUGAACCUCUCUAUGCGACUUUCCUAAAGGUAACCGGUGUUGAAAGACCAUACAGAGAGGAGCUUCUGUCCAAAGGGGAAUCUGAUGGACAUAAGGUUGUAAACGAGAUAAUUUAUGGUCCAGGAGAAAAGAAGUACCGGUUUUGUAAGCAUAUAUCAAAGGAACGGCUACCUGGUUUGCCCGGUGAUCUAAUGAAGAAAGGAAAGCACUUUAUAUUGAUUCGUAAUCCCCUUGAUAUAUUGCCAUCUUUUGGAAAGGUUAUUCCUCCAUCCUUUCAUGAUUUAGGUUUGGCAGACCUAGUCUCCAUAUACAAUGACCUCUGUCAGCUGGGAAGGCGCCCACCUGUUAUUGAUUCGACAGACCUUCAACAAAAUCCUGAGGCUACUUUGCGUGGUCUUUGUGAAGACUUGGAUAUUCCUUUUCAAGAUGCAAUGCUCAGAUGGGAAGCUGGUCCGAAACCAAUUGAUGGACUGUGGGCUCCAUGGUGGUACAGAAGUGUACAUAAAUCUACAGGUUUCACAUCAACGAGAAAGUAUCCUGAGCCAUUUCCACUAUCUCACUAUGACUUGCUGGAGCAAAGUUUACCUUUGUACAACUGGCUCAGACGCCAUGCGAGACAGACGUCAACCCUUUUGAAGACCCCCUUACCUGCACCUGAUCUUCCCGUCCCUGCAAAUGAGAAGCUGCUUGCAUGGGUUGGUGAUGAGAUUCUACCCCGUGAAAGUGCCAAGGUUUCUGUGUUUGACUCGGUUGUCCAAGGCGGUGAUUCAGUGUGGGAGGGACUUCGAGUUUAUAGAGGGAAGAUUUUUAAACUGGAAGAGCAUUUAGACAGGUUGUUUGACUCAGCAAAGGCUCUUGCUUUCAAGAAUGUUCCAACUCGUGAAGAAGUAAGGGCUUAA